CAGAUAACAACCGCCAUCGCUUGACACACGCGGAUUCCAAAAAAAAAAAAAAAAAGAAGCGAAUGGCGACUUUUAAUCGCUCCAGGGCCAGGUGGCUCUUAAUGCUGGCCGUGGUGGCGCUGGCUGCUGUUACGCUGGUCGCGGCCCACAAGGGAGCUCACACCCAAGCUCAGAUGCCCAAGGACCACGCUCAUGCCAACGUCGACCCCAAAAACGCCGGCGAGUGUCCCUUCCACGCGGCUGGCAAAUCUUCAGGAGAGGAGGAACAACUGUACCAUGCGCUGCCUAUCUACGACAAGGACGGGAAUCUCGUAGGAUCUGGCGUAGACCUUGGCGAUGAUGGCACGGUGACGAGCAGUCGGAUGAAAGCCCUUUUCGCAUUCUUGUUCCCUGGAUCGCCCAUGGUCAAUUCUCUCCUGGGCACGACCUACAUCUCGUUGAUUCCAAAUUUGCUGCUGUACUUUGUUCCGCCAGAUAUUAAGCCGGAGUCGUUGAACACGUUGGUGGCGUUUGCGGUGGGUGGAUUGCUGGGCGAUGUGUUCUUGCAUCUCUUGCCGCACUCGUUCUUGGGCGAGGUGCAUUCGGGCGAUUUGGUCACGGCGAACGAGAAGAAGAAUGUUGUAGUCGGACUAGGCAUCUUUGUCGGAUUCUUUAUGUUCUUCUGUAUCGACAAGGUCAUGCGUGUGCUGAGCGGUGGUGAGGGAGGACACAGCCAUAGCCAUAGUCAUGACCAUGGCAAGAAGGUCGAUGGAGAGAACGAGCACCACCACCAUUACGACCACGACCACAAGCAUGAGCAUAAGCACACCCAUGAGGAGAGCAAGGACUCGACUCUUCGUCAGCGUAAGGGUAGCAAGGAGCAGGACGACGUGAACAAGGACAGCAAGGAGCCCGCUAAAAAGGAGAUUUCGAACAGCAUCAAGCUAUCGGCCUACUUGAACCUGAUUGCAGAUGCGACUCACAACUUCACGGACGGACUCGCGAUGGCCGCAUCGUUCUAUACCUCACCUGCGAUCGGAGCCACGACAACCGUCGCUGUGUUCUUCCACGAGAUUCCACACGAGGUUGGCGACUAUGCGAUCCUGAUCCAGUCAGGCUUCCCACGCAGCAAGGCGAUGAUGUCCCAGUUUAUUACGGCGAUCGGUGCGUUCUUGGGGACGCUUGCCGGGAUUGCGAUCGAGGAAAUGAGCAAGGUCGCGAGCGAGGGCGAGGCUGGAAAGGCCGUUGGGGGGCAGGCGUUGGCGUUGUUUGGGAUCGAAAGCAUUCCCAUGCGUGCGGGGGAUUUGGUGAUCCCGUUCACGGCGGGAGGGUUCUUGUACAUUGCGACGGUGGGUGUGAUUCCGGAGUUGCUGACGGUGAGCGGCAAAUUUGCAAAGGAUGCUCGGCAGUUCGCUUCGGAGAUUGUGGCGAUGUUGAUUGGCGUGGGCAUGAUGACCAUCAUUGCGCUGAACGAAUAGAUGCACAUGUCUUUUUGAUGCUUCAGGUCGCUUUAGAGGCAGUAAACAGUUAUAUUGUGCUGUAAUGAAAAUGAAAAUGACAACGACAACGACAACGACAACGACAAUGAC